UUCAAGUUGUCAGGCUUGCGAUCAACAACAAAAUGGGUCUUAUCCUGAGUUGUAUUGGUAAGAGAAGCAACAAAGUUGAUGUCAUGUCAGAAGAGGAGGCGGAGGCCUACAGUAAGAUGGAAGAGGAGAUAAAGAAGGAGCUGAUGGAUGAUAACAUCCAAACCAGGCCCCUGCCAUGGAUGAUGUUUUGUACAGAUCCUUCUGUCAAAAAACCUCAUGUCGAUGAGGUUCCUGAUAGCCCGGUUUUGGGGGUCGUGCAGAGGAAAGGAGGCUUGGCAUUUGAUAUCGAGUACAAGUCAACUGUACCAAAGCUUCCUCCAAUCAACGCUAAGAGGAUUCAGGUUCCAGCUGGGGGCGAGGACUUUGAGAAAUGGAAGGCUGAGAGAGACAAGCUUCUGGUCGAUAAACACGAGAAGGCAAAGAUUCGAAGAGAACGUAUUAUCCAGCAAACGAAGCUGUCUGCCCAUAGACCAAGGACAGCCCGGUCCAGAGAAGCAAUUGAAAGCAUUGAUUCGCCAAAAGAUUGAACAGAAAAUGCCAAUUUUUAAAUAUCAAAUGUUCAAUAAUUAUAUUACUUAAUUAUUUUAAAAAUCUGAAAUAAAGAAACAUAGAGGAGAUACCC